AUGAGGCUAAUUAAGCAGCUGUUGGUUGCUUUAGUAAUAGCUUCAUUAUUAGAGGGAUGGUGGAGCUGUGAUGGUUGUUUGGAGAAUGAGAGAAAUGCUCUUUUGCAACUCAAGGCUUCUUUCGAUUGUCAUGAAUACAUGUCACUCUGUUCUUGGGGAUUAUACACUGAUGACUGUUGUAAAUGGGAAAAUAUUCACUGCAGCUCCACCACUGGACGAGUUUCCAAACUCAGUAUUCAAGGCGAUUAUUGGGCCUCUGAAUGGUGCUUCAAUGCCUCUUUGUUUCUUCCUUUUCAAGAAUUGACGAGUCUUAGCUUACAAUACAAUUAUAUUAUUGAUUGUGUUGAGAAUGAAGGUUUUGAAAGAUUAGAAAGGCUCAGCAAGUUGGAGUUUCUUGAUUUAGAAUAUAACUCGUUCAACAACAACAAUAGCAUUGUAUCAUCUAUUGGCCAUAUUUCAUCUUUAAAAUCAUUGAAUUUGGGCCACACUGGAUUGGAAAGUGUAACUGAUAUUCAAGGACUACCACGUCUUCAGAAUUUGGAGUUUCUUGAUUUGUCAUCCAACAACUUCAACAAUAGCAUCAUACCAUUUUUACACAUCUUUCCAUCUUUAAAAUCAUUAAAUUUAGCUUGGAAUAGAUUGGAAAGUGGCAUUCAAGGACUAUCAGGACUUGAAAAUUUGGAGUUUCUUGAUUUGUCAGCCAACAACUUCAACAAGAGCAUCAUACCACUUCUAAGUGUAUUUUCAUCUUUAAAAUCUUUAACAUUGAUGGACAGCAAAUUAGAAAAUAUAACUGAUUUUCAAGGACUAUCAAAACUUAGAAGUUUGGAAUUUCUUGAUUUAAGUGUUAACGAAUUCGGCAAUAGUGCCCUAUCAUUCAUUGGUGAUCUUUCAUCUUUAAAAGAAUUACAUUUGGAUAAAUGUGGAUUGAGAGGUACAGUCGAUAUUCAAAGAUUUGUUUUACUUCUUCUUCUUAUAUCUAGAAUUGGAUCCUUUGGGCAACUUAAAGGUACUGAGCCUAGGAGGAAAUCGAAUUACCAAAGUUGUGGACUCAAGAGCAAUAGUACCCUAUCAUCCAUUGGUGAUCUUUCAUCUUUAAAAGAAUUACAUCUGGAUGGAUGUGGAUUGAGAGAUGAACAUGCUAAUUAUAUAGGAUUUGUUUUACUUCUUCUUCUUAUAUCUAGAAUUGGAUGCUUUGGGCAACUUAAAGGUACUGAGCCUAGGAGGAAAUCAAAUUACCAAAGUUGUGGACUCAAGAGGAAUUUGAGCUCUCUUUUCCUUGAUGGCAAUUAUGGGUAUGGAAGAAGCAGCAUUCAGCUAGAAUUAUUAGGGGCAUACCCAUUUCUCAAGACCCUUUCUCUAAUGCGUAGCAGCUUCAAAGGAAGAAUAUUUGCUCAAGAGAUGGGUAAUUUUUCAAGCGUGGAAGAGUUGUCCCUGGAUGAUUCCUCAUUGGAUGAAGAGUCUUUUAAGAGCCUUAGAGCAUUGCCCUCUCUUAAAUUUUUAUCUAUGCAACGCGUCAAUGCUGACCUACCUAGUCAAGAUAUGAGCUACAAUGAUCUCAGUGGCACUUUACCUUUAUGUCUAGCAAAUUUAACAUCCCUUCAACUGUUAGAUCUAUCUUCCAAUCACUUCAUCGGAAAUAUCUCCUUAUCUCCCCUGGGGACCCUCACAUCCAUGCACACAUUACAUCUUUCAAGGAACCUGUUCCAAAUGCCAAUCUCUCUUCUGCCAUUCUUCAACCUUUCAAAGCUCAAGCACUUGAAUUGUCAUGAGAAUGAAAUAUAUGCAGAUAUAGAUGUGCCUACUCUGACACCAAAAUUUCAACUACGGACCCUAGAUUUGUCAGGUCAAGGACAUGGCGGAGUGUUUCCCAAGUUCUUCUACUAUCAGCAUAAAUUAGAAUAUGUUGAUAUGUCAAAUAUUAAAAUGAAGGGAGAGUUUCCUCAUUGGUUGAUCAGGAACAACACAAAAUUAGAUACACUUCACUUGCCCAACUGUUCUCUUUCGGGGCCUCUCCAAUUGCCAAUUCAUUCCCAUGUGUAUUUUUCAGACUUAGACAUCUCUGACAACUACUUCAAUGGCUCUAUUCCAACAGAAAUUGGAGUUUGUUUUCUAAGUUUAAUUUCUCUAGACUUGUCUGGAAAUGGUCUCACUGGUGGCAUUCCUUCAUCAUUUGGCAAAAUGAGUCAACUGACAGUAUUAGACUUGUCCAACAAUCAUUUGUCAGGCAUAAUACCCCAAGAGUUGAUUGUUGGAUGCAGUUCGUUAUAUGAGCUCAUUCUUUCAAACAAUAGUUUGCAUGGCCAAAUAUUCCCAAAACAAGCUAAUUGCAAAGAAUUGUUUCGAUUAUUGUUGGAUGGCAAUCAAUUCACUGGAAGUAUCCCAUAUAGCAUAGCUAAUUGCACAAUGUUGGAAAUGUUGGACGUGAGUGAUAAUCGACUCUCUAGUAGCAUCCCUGGUUGGAUAACGAAUAUGACUACUCUCCGAAUCUUGGAUCUGUCAGAGAACAAUUUCUUUGGAAACCUGCCAUCUAGCUUUGUCCCUCCAAUGAUCAAUGAAGUUUAUCUAUCAAAAAAUUGGCUACAAGGACCAUUGACGAAUGCAUUUUAUGGUUGUUCUGAAUUAACAAUAUUGGAUCUUAGUCACAACGAUUUCACUAAAAGGAUUCCAGAAUGGAUUGGCAAUUUUUCAACAUUGACCUAUCUUCUUUUGGGUUAUAAUAGACUUGAAGGUGAAAUACCAAUUCAGUUGUGCAACUUAACCCAAUUGAGUUUGGUUGAUUUUUCUAAUAAUAAUCUUUCUGGUCCUGUUCCCCCUUGCAUAAGCCUUCGUAGGUAUUCUGAGCACGAAAGUUUUUACAUGCGUUCUCCUAUAGGUUCUAUGACUCAACCUUUGGAGGUUACAACAAAGAAUGCAUUGCGUUAUUUCCAAGGAAGCAUUCUCAGCCUCAUGUCAGGACUCGAUCUGUCCUGCAACAAUUUGACAGGUGAAAUUCCUGUUGAAAUAGGAAAUCUUGACAAAAUCCAGCUGUUAAACCUGUCCCAUAACAAGUUGACGGGAUUGAUUCCACAAUCAUUUUCAAACCUAAAGCAAAUUGAGAGCUUGGAUCUUUCCUAUAACAACUUGAAUGGCAAAAUCCCUCAACUCACUCAACUAUAUUUUCUAGCUGUCUUCAGUGUAGCGCACAACAAUUUAUCUGGCAGGACCCCUGAGAUGGUUGCACAAUUUGCGACAUUCGAGAAUAGUAGCUAUGAGGGAAACCCUUUCCUUUGUGGACCUCCACUGUCUAAAAGUUGCUUUUCUUCAUCAAUAAUGCCAAGAUUUUCGGAGGAGGAUAAAAAAUAUCAUAAAAAGGAUGGUGGCUUUGUGGACAUUGAUGCUUUCCAUUUGUGUAAGCUGGGAAUGUUGCAGAAUAAUGAGCUGAAGCUGAUUGCAGAACAUCAUUUAUUACUUGUUUCUGUCAGUCAGUUAGAUGAGCUAUAA